ACCGUGCGGACUUACGCCCUACGCGCUAAGCGGACUCCCGUGUGUGUUAUUUUUUUCUUUCGAAAACGACAUGAGCUUUUUAUGAACUUUGCACGCGACUACCAGAACACGGUGUCAAUAAUCGCGACGGCCAAGAUUUAUCCCCGGACGUUGAGCUGUCGAUCGGCAUUGGAAUACCGACGUGACAACUGCGACUGCGACAGUACACUAUAAAAAUAUGAAAACCGUUUUUGCGGCGUUUGCUGCAAUCGUUGUGGCGCAUUUGACCAUUCCGUAUGCUUCUGUCUACGGUAGCCCGGACGCUAAACGGUUGUACGAUGACCUCCUCAGUAAUUACAACAGACUCAUCAGACCUGUUGGAAAUAACUCGGACCGAUUGACUGUCAAAAUGGGAAUAAAACUAUCACAGCUCAUUGAAGUCAACUUGAGGAAUCAAAUAAUGACUACAAACGUAUGGGUUGAACAAGAAUGGACCGACUACAAAUUGAAAUGGAACCCCGAAGACUACGGCGGAGUGGAUACCUUAUAUGUGCCUUCCGAGCACAUUUGGUUACCGGACAUUGUGUUGUACAACAACGCGGACGGCAGCUACGAAGUGACCAUUAUGACCAAAGCGAUACUCCAUUACACGGGCAAAGUGGUGUGGAAGCCGCCGGCCAUUUACAAGUCGUUUUGCGAGAUCGACGUCGAGUACUUCCCGUUCGACGAACAGACUUGUUCCAUGAAGUUUGGCUCGUGGACUUAUGAUGGAUACAUGAUGGAUUUGAGACAUAUAGCCCAAGCGCCUGAUUCGGACGUCAUCGAAGUGGGCAUAGACCUGCAGGAUUAUUAUCUGUCGGUAGAAUGGGACAUCAUGGGAGUACCGGCAGUGCGGCACGAAAAAUACUAUUCCUGUUGCGAAGAACCUUACCUGGACAUAUACUUCAACAUCACGCUCAGGCGAAAAACCCUGUUUUACACAGUCAACCUGAUCAUACCGUGCGUCGGUAUAUCGUUCCUGUCCGUGCUGGUGUUCUACUUGCCAUCUGAAUCGGGAGAGAAGGUGUCCCUGUGCAUAUCCAUACUCCUGUCGCUGACCGUGUUCUUUCUUCUCUUGGUUGAAAUCAUUCCUCCCACGUCGCUCACCGUACCCCUGUUGGGUAAAUACCUGCUAUUCACUAUGGUGCUGGUUACGCUGUCCGUCUUCGUUACCGUGGCCGUGCUAAACGUUAAUUUCAGAUCGCCGGUGACGCACAAAAUGAAACCGUGGGUGGUGAAAGUGUUCAUCGUGAUGCUUCCCAAAGUGCUGUUCAUCGGUCGACCCAAGAAAGAGGACUCGAUCGACGAGGACGAAAACGACAAGCACAACGGCAUACUGUCAGGCGUUUUCGACGUACCUUCCGAGAUCGACAAGUACUUGGGCUACGACCGUGGUUAUAGUUUCGACUACGGGGUGCCGCCGCCUUUGCCGGUUUCCAGGUACGGCGGUUGCGGCAUCGGUGGCGUUGGCAAUGGCGGCGUGGCCAGCUCCAACGAUACGGUGGUGAACAUGGCGUCCGACGAAGAAGAAGACGACGGGGGCGUCGAAGAAGAAGACGACGAUGCGAUCGAGAUCGAUGCCGAAGACGAAUACGAAGACAUGUUCAGCCCGACCACGACCACGGACGACGGGUUGACCAGUCCGACGUUCGAAACCCACCACCAUCAACUGCACCACCCCCGAUGCCCGGUCGACCACCAUGCCAGGCACGACCCUGCCAUGCAAACCAUCCAGGACGCCAAAUUCAUUGCUCAACACGUCAGGAACCAAGACAAGUUCGACGAGAUAAUUGAGGAUUGGCAAUACGUUGCUAUGGUGUUGGAUCGACUAUUUUUGUGGAUAUUCACGUUGGCUUGUCUAUUGGGAACGGCCCUAAUCGUAUUCCAAGCACCAGCAUUAUACGACAAAACAAAACCUAUUGACAUCAUCUACUCGAAAAUUGCCAAACGAAAAUUACAAAACACUUUAUGAAAUAACAUAACACUACAAAGCUCAACUAUGGAUUUCGAUAAAAAACUUAGUGAAUACGAAACUAUAAACGAUAACAAUCCUAUAAUGUAUAAAAUACAUUCAGUUUUAUUAAUUUUUAAAUUUGUAUUAUACAUAUUUUUUUCAUUUAUUUUCUUUUUUUUAUAUAAUUGACUUAUUAUGUGAAAAAACCAUGAUUAUACAUAUUAAUCAUUUACCACUUAAUUAUAUAUGUUAUCAGUUGACGUUUAACAUGUUAUACUAUUAUUUUAGAUUUUUAUCUUAUUAUUGUCCAAUUACGGUGCCAUUUAUUUAUAAUUUCCUUUUAACAACGGCAUUUAUUGGUGUUUUUAACGUAAGAAUCCAGACUGCCGAAUAUUAAUUUUAUGUGUAUUAUGCUAGUUAAUAAUCGCGUUAAAACUUUGAUGUAUUGCUUGUUUAAUGAUAUAUUUAAUCAAUAUGACAGAUAUAAAACAUAUUGUAAUCAAAAGUCAAAAAUAUCGAUUUAUUAUUAUAAAUAUUGUUUUUUUUUUUCAAAACACCAUUUACAUUAUUAUACUUAUUUUAAUGAAUAAUUAGGUACUAUAUUAAUAUAAAUAUUAAAACUCCUCACUAUGUUUAUAUUUAUUAUCACUUGUAUUUGGCUAAAAUUAAUAUUAUAUAUAUUAUACAACUAACUCUAAUGGUGGAUUCAGUCCAACUCCAAGGUUUUGAAUGCUGGUUUUUCAAUAGAAAAUAGUUUUUUCUUUUUGUUUGGUCUUUUUGAUUCAUCUGAUUUAUAAUUUACAUUCGAGAGGAACCAAUCUUGAUUUUUCAAAAUCAGUGUCUU